AUGGUGAACCAAUGUAGGACAACCAAGGAGUUAAAAACAUCCCUGCCCAUCGUGGAGCUUUCAAGAGACAUCUGCGGAAGCACACCCUGCUGUAACCAAUGGCAGAGGGAUACCAGAUGUCCUGACGCUGCUAAAGGCAAAGAAGCAAGGUGCAUCCAGUCAGCGGUGGAAGUGAUCAAAAAUGGAAUCAAAGCUCUCGGAGGCGAAAGAGGCAACAGCUCAACGGAGGCAGGAGGAUCCGACCACGCGGAGAAUUCGCUAGAAAGCAGCGAGGAUGCUGCGAAGCCUGCGACAUCUAAGAGGACGAGAGGAGCAGAGGAUUCAAAAGAUAGUCCGGAGGAAUCGAGCCAAGGACAAGGCAAGCAAUCCGGCAAAGAGGAGGACACAUGGGUUUGCGAUGCUGGAUGCAAUGGAGUGGCAUGUGUCACCAUAGAAAGGAAAGGAAUAGAUCCCGUCGCUAUACUCGAGUAUCUGUAUCCUCCUUCUCCUUUCUCUCUCUCUAUCGCUGAGCUCGCCUGUAGCUGGGAGCAUGUGAAGAAGUUGUCCGAGAGCCACAAAGAGGAGCUUCACAAAUUCAUCCGGCAACACAAGUUUUGUUAUCGCUUCAUUCCUCUGCAGAGGUUCUGCCGAGCUACGAUGGACGACAUCAGCUCGCUCACGACCGCAUUCUUGAAGCUCGAGCUCGAGAAGAUGGAGUCGACUUCCUUUUCGAUCGCCAAGGAGAUCCCUGAAAAGCACAAGGUCCAGCUUUACAAGCCGGAAGUCGUCAUUGUUGUACAGGUCAUCAAGUCUGCCUGCGGCAUGUCGGUAGUCAAGGAUGCUGCUCGCUUCCUCAAGAGCCAGUCAGGCAACUGA